AUGUCGUCCAGUACACACCUACAGGAUUAUCCUCCACUCCUCUCCAGGAACAUUACACAGGAUGAAGAGCAGACCUCCUUGAGGCAGAAUCGCAGCUGUGGCUCUGCCUCUGGCUCUGCCUCUGAGUCAUUGUCAGGUUCCACCAAGUCACGUAUUCCUCACAGUAAAAUGCUCCAAGGAAAUCUUCCCAGAAUCAUCUCCCCUGAGUCUCCUGCUAAGCUUCUCUGUUGCUAUGCAGUGAUCCUGGUCCUCACUGUAGCUGUAGUUGCUCUUUCUAUUGCUUUGUCAGUAAAAAAGACAGCACAGAUCUCAACCGUAAAAACCUGUGCUGCUUGCCCGAGAAACUGGAUAGGAGUUGGAAAUAAAUGUUAUUAUUUUAAUGAAACGCCAAGUAACUGGACAUUCAGCCAGACCCUCUGCAAGGAACAAGACGCCGAGCUAGCACGAUUUGACAACGAGGAGGAGCUGAAUUUCCUAAGGAGAUACAAAGGGAGUUCGGGUUACUGGAUCGGUCUGCACAGAGAGUCAUCAGCACACAAUUGGACAUGGACAGACAACACUGCAUAUAACGACUUGGUUCCCAUCAAAGGAGAAGAAAAACAUGGUUUCCUGAGUGACAAUGGGUUAAGCAGUGGCAGGGGCUACAUAGUGAGGCCGUCGAUUUGUAGCAAGCCCAACAGCUACACCUCACAUUGCCAGUAGUUUUGUGUCCUGGGUAAAGAGUUUGUCCUAGCAAUCAUGAGGAACACAGAACAUGGUAUCUACAGUGCCUGUAUCAUUAACAAUCUGCUAAAAUCAUCUUCAAUUCAUAAUGUGUGGUGACAUCUAAGAUAACAACUGAGGCAUAUUUUGCCUGGGAGAUCAUGAAUUGUUCUAUAUUAAAUAGGUAUUCAGGUAUGAGCUGGUUCUCAUAUCUUAAACAUAAACUGAAUCACGUCAGUAUUAGUUACCUCUACUUUCUUUUUUCUCUUUUUUAAAUUAUAUUAUUUAUUUAUAUUCCAAAUGCUGUCCCUCCUUGUUCCCCCUUCUAGAGUUCUUCACUCCAUACCCCCUCUUCUUUACUUC